AUAAGCAUACCAUUUGAUUAUUAAUUCAAGUUUACAUCCGUUGUGUAAGGAUUUAUUAUUCCAAUAUUUCGUCAAAAAAGCAGACCAGUUUUUGACGGCGUGGUCGAAUCUUCUCUGUGUUGCUCAUUAUUGGCUCAAAGGUCUUUGGUAGUGCUUUAUUGUGCUAAAGAAAUAUGGAUGAUAUACAUUUACUGCGUAGUGAAGAAGAGGAAGCCCUCUUUGAUGAAAUGGAUAACGAGAGUGAAAUCUUUAGACUUAUAGAGAACACUGUAAUAUGGACAUUAGAAAAAGUCUGUCAUCACAACUGGUUGCCUAUGUCAGUUUAUAGAAGACCAGGAGACCCGAUUUUCAGUGAAACUAUUGGAGCUGCCAUAGUGCAAGUAGCAGCACAAAUACCUUUCUCGAGAAUAGGUGAAAGCUUUCUCGGUAGCUUUUACAAUUCUAAAGAAAGACCUACUAUUGCUGUGUGGAACUACAUCGAGUCAUCUGCACGUGCCUGGUUUGCGGUACAAGGUUUUAACUGGAUUUCUUUACUAAUGUAUUUGGGCGGUAUAUGCCACUUGGUUAUGUUUCUGGCUGCAAAAAGAAGUUUUUUAAAUAUAGAUGACAUAGUUCUGUCUGUUACAGCAUUCCUUGAGGAUCAUUUUGCUUUUGAUUUUGAAGAGUUAGGUGGAUGGAAAGCAUUCGAGAAAGAGUGCAACAUUUGGCUGUCCAGAUUUAGUAGUGCUGUGUUUAAAAAAAGGAUGAGAACAAGGCCUAAACCCAGGUCUAUUUUUUAUUUGCCUAGUGAGACCAGCAGCUUUGAUGAAGGUAGACUGGAAAGUCACUUAUCAGGUGGAGAUAUGGCUCGAAUUCUCAGUGACAUGAAUGAAGAAUUAAACAACUUUCAAGUUUGAAAGCCAUUGUAUGAUGUCUCUUUCGGCCAUCUGUAGCAAAAGGCCGCCUUAAGGACGUUUAAUAAAGCUGUAAUCUCAUAACCGUGACUAAUAAAAUUAGGUGUU